GCAGGUUACACCAUGAGCGAGCCUCCAGUGGUUAGCGGUUCCGGUUUGACCACAAAGGAGCUGCAGCAGAGGUGGCGAGAAGUGAAAGGGACGCAGCGACCAAACAAAGUGCUUUUUGACAUCCCGUCUAGUCGCGUUGUUGAGGAGCAGGACCCCUACUGCAAAUAUGUGGUAUACCAGGUGGCGGUGAUGGCCUGUGGAAGUUUCAGCGCCCAUCGUGUGUGCGUGGAGCGGCGCUACAGCGACUUCUUCUGCUUCCAUCACAAGCUCCUGGACGCAUUUAGCGGGGAGCUGGAAGAGCUGGUGUUUCCCUGCAAACUGAUGACGGGGACCGUCUGGGGGCGGGGCUUAGCCCUGCGGGACUACCUGAACCAGGUGUUUGACGUGCGCUGUGUGCGACACUCGCCUCUCGUCCCUGAAUUUCUCACGGGCAAGGAGCAGAGGCGGGCCAGGGCCUUCCUACGAGGUGGGCAGUUCAAGGCGGCGCUGGAGCAGCUGCAGACAGUUCUGCAGAUCCAAGAGAAUCUGGCACCCUGGCAGAGGCCCACCCUGCUGGUCCCCACCCUCGCUGCCAUUGCUGUUUGUCACCGGGACAUGGAGGAGCCUCGGGAGGCCGUGGCUGCCGCUCACCAAGCUCUGCCCACCGUCAGACGCUGGGGAAUGAGCGAGUAUCGAGGGGGUCUUCUGGAGAUGCUGGUGGAAUUGAGCUACCGCCUCCGGCGGCCUGUCGCCAGCCUCCAGCAGGAGCUGACGGCACUGCGGGAUGACCACGCAGCCUCCUGGUGCUCCCUGAAGGAGCUGGUGGUGCGAGAUGUCACGUGACUGACACAAAGCAAUUCAUUGGUGUUCACAAGUGUGGCUUGUUGUCUUGGUUACAUCAAUAGGAACCGGACGUUCGCCAUAUUUGAAAGUUUCAUUUCCUACUUGCCUGUCGUGUUGUCAUAUCUAUUGUUUUGCAGCUUAUAAUUUUUAUUGUUUGGCAUUCAUUGUGGACAGCAAAGAAAGAAUGUUGUGGAUAUGGAA